AUGUCUGAAUUAAAGCCCUACAAUAAUACCGACACAUGUACAAUAGAGAAAAAAUUCCGCGAUGGUGCUUUUUAUACCCGCGAACCACACCCGCACACCACUUUACUGGUCUCUCGAAAUUCCCUGAGGGAAUCUACCGAUUCCAUGUUGUCGUUUACGGUGCUCUUGUACCUUCUAUCGGUGGCUGUUGCUGGAUCUGUGUACGGGAGGUUCACAGGACUUCCAGAAACUUCGAGAGGAAUUGCCCCGGGUAGAAACGGGCUUAAUUUUCAGUCCAGAAUACUCAUUCAGUUGGAAGGUUCAACCAAGUCUGAGGCUAUACCGGUAGACAAGAAGUUUAAAUUUCGUGCAUUGGGGUUGGAUCCUGGCUUGUACCAGCUCUCAAUUGAUAGCUAUGACUUUGAACUCAAAAAUUCAAAGUGGCAGAUUGAAGUUUCCAACGAGGACGAAACCGCCGCAGUUGAACAUGCCACAGGAAAACCACUCAAUGUAACAUCACGCGCAAUUAUUAGUGCUGAAAACCCAUUAGAAGUGAAGGUUGUUGGCACGACGCAAUACUAUGAGGACCUGGAAGGUGGUCUUUCCAAAAUGCUCCAGGACAGUCCAUUUGGUUUCAUAUUUCGCAACAGAACCUACACCACGAUUUUCGUCGUGUGCUUGAUAACCAUGGCACUUCCGUAUGUGCUACUGUUUGUCAACCCAGAGCUUGCAGAGCAGAUCAACCAAAAGCAACCACCGGCAAAGUAUGUUGUGAAAGAAGAAGUCGAAGUGUUGAGCAAGCCUCAACCUCAACAGAGACCACCCAGUCAAGUUUCGCAAAGGGGAGCAAGUCAGUCCAGUCUGCCAGUGCCCAGGGUACCAGCGCAGGGUAGUAAAAGAAGGGCAUAA